UUCAGCUCGGCCCGCAGGUCGAUGACCCGCAGGUCGCCCAGCCGCCGCGUCGCCUUCGCCCCGCCGCCGAGGGAAGAAGAAGGAGGAAGAAGCGCCUCGUCUCCGCCGGGAGAUUCGGCGCCCUCAGCAGCUGCUACUCCCGCGGCUGCCAUCGCGACUCAGAGGGAGCGCGGCGGCGUCGCUGCUGUCGCUCUCCUGCAGCGAGAGGCGGCCCGUCCCCGCAGACAAAAUGGCGGGAAGGCCCAGCGCCGUAUGGACAGAAGACAGCGCCGAGAGAGAGGGAGGAAUGGCACUGCGCACGCGCGCCGGACGGGCGACGAGAGAGGGGGAGGAAGGGACGCCGCUCGUUCCUGCCCCUGCCCCCAUCGCGUCAUAGAGCUGGAAGGAGGAGCGCUCCUAGAGCGGCUUACUGGACUUGGUUUCCGGUUUCUAUGUCUUUUCAAUGAGCGGCCUGCAUGGAGUGUGUGAGACGGUUGACCAUAAUUUGUGGGAUUGUUUGCGACGUAGCGCUGAGAGACACAUUUUUAUUGAUUUGUUGGUUGAACAAACGUGGGUGAUGUGGGAGCUCUUCUUAGGGAUUUUGCUUUACGGCCUUCUGUGGUUUCUGCCGCUUGACACUUUUUCCGACAUUGUGGUUUGGCUGGUCUCUUGUGAACGCUGUGUGUGUUUGUGCAGAUGCGGUUCUAUUUUGUCGUCAGUAGGUGGCGGUAAUAGGGCCUAUUUGGCCUUGCUUCGCAAUAAAACUCCAUUGGAAGAAGUGGCCUGCAUAUAUGUCUCUCUCUGUAUACGUGUAUAUGUCCUAGAGGACAGUAUCAGCAUCACUGAGCUUCUGCAUAGGAAGCCUCUCUGAGCAUUCCAUCCUCAAAGCUCUACAACUGCCACCUGGGUAGCAGCAUUUGUGUGUUAGCAGCUGAUGAAGGUGGAAGCCGAAACGUUUUGUUAAUCACAGUUGCGUGCAUAUAUAUUUUUAGGUGAUUAACGGAAUCCUUAUAGGGAUCCAGAGCAAGCUUGGGAGAAGUUCUGUUUGUUGCUUUCAAAACUGUCUGAUAUAGAUAUAUACAUGCAUAUAUACACUUAUGUAUAUAUCCAUGCAGGAGCCAGAGUGGUGUAGUGGUUAAGCUGUUGGACUAGGUUCGAAUCCCCACACAGCCCUGAAGCUCACUGGGUGACCUUGGGCCAGUCACUGCCUCUCAGCCUCAGAGGAAGGCAAUGGGAAACCCCCUCUGAAUACCGUUUACCAUGAAAACCCUAUUCGUAGGGUCGUCCUAAAUCGGAAUCGACUUGAAGGCAGCCCAUCAUCAUCAUCAUAUAUGCAUAACUGUGAUUAGCAAAACAGGUUUUUAUUCUACCAAAAUGUAGCUGCCUUCAUCAGCUGCUAACAUACAAAUGAGGUUACCAAGGUGGCAGUUAUAUGUGUGUGUGUGUGUACAUAUAUGUGUGUGCGUAUAUAACCAAUCUAUUACAACGGCACGCAUAUGUAUAUUAGAAGUGCAAGCUUCCCUGCCUUCCCAAUUGCGCAUGCGCUAGUCCAAACGCUCCCUCCCGCCCUCGGCCGACGAGGUGCGCAUGCGCCGCAGCCGCGCAUGCCUCUUAGCCACUCCCUGCGCGCAGAGCUUCGGCCGCCAUUUUGUGCGUAGCUAGAGAAGUCGCUCUAUCGCGCGCGCGCCGCACAAACUCUUUUAAAAAAACCGACAACUGUCAUUUGUUGCCGUUAUUUUGUAAUUUCGCGGCGGAAAGCCAAGCCAGGGAGACGGGUUUCCUCCUCCUCCGAUGGCAGCGGAGAACCAGGCCGGGCUCGCCGGUGAGGCGACGGUUCCCCUCAGCGGCGGCGGCUCGGAGGGGUCCUUGGGGGCGACGCGGCGGCUGAGCGACCUGCGGGUGAUAGACCUGCGGGCCGAGCUGAAGCGCCGCAGCCUGGACAGCGGCGGCAACAAGAGCGUCCUCCUCGAGCGGCUCAAGAAGGCUGUUGAGGAGGAAGGGGGAGACCCUGAAGAGAUUCCAGUGGUGUCGGAAAUGACUGCCAAGAAGGCGCCCAAGAGGAGCAGCAAAGGGCGUAGACCGGGGGAAGAGGGAGCUGAAGGCAACAGCCUUGAGGAUGACUCCGGAGAUGGGCAGGAGGAUAUUGAAGCAAGUUUGGAUAACUUGCAGGAUAUUGACAUGAUGGAUAUUAGUGUGUUAGAUGAAGCUGAAAUAGAUAACGGCAGUGGUGUAGAUGACUGUGCUGAUAGUAGACUUGACUCCCCCUCUGAUAGUAAAGAAAAUGCUGGUGCAGAAAGGCAAGAACGUCCAGAACAGCUUUCAGGAUGUCCUGUAGAGGCACCUCCAACUUUGUCAGACAUUAAAGAAGAGUCGAGAGAGAUACCAGUAGCCAUGGUGGAAGGCGAAGAUGCCAGAAGCACUCUAGAUCUGGCAUCCUUUGAUGUUACAAAUGUGAAGGAACUUGAAGAAUUUCCGUUGGAAUCAGAAAAUGAGAAAAUGCUCGACAUUUUGGGUGACACUUGUAAAUCUGAUCCCCUUAAAGAAGAAGCUUCUGAAGCAGAGCAGGCACAGGAAGCGAAGAUCUCGUUGCCGGUCAAAACGGAAGCGGAGGAAGAGGAAGACGCGCCGGCCGCUGCCGCCGCCGCCCAAUCGGACGGAGAAGAUCUUUUAGAUACGGACAGCCAGUCAGGCCGGGCUGCGGCCAGGAGCGAGGAGGAGGAAGCGAAGCAUUUAGUGGUAGCCAAAGGGGAGCCGGGCGAAGAGGCAGUAGAGGAAGCUAACCUGGACUCUGACUCUUUAGCGGUAGAGAGGAGGAGUGGUGGAGGAGGAGGAGGAGGAGGAGGUGAGAUUAGCACAGCAGCCCAGACUCUGGAAGCCAGUAGUGAGGAAACUGCGGAGAAGGACGCAGGUUCCCAAGGGGUUAGCCAAGAUGACGAGAAGAUGGAAGCCAAGGCUAAUUGUGAGGAAGAGUCCUCUGCCCAAGAGGGUGGUGAUCAAAACCUGAGCUCUAAUAAGGAUGCAGAGGCCAAAACUGCUUCAAAGGAUGAGAAGGGUCGUGCCAGUAGUAGCUCUGGCAGAAAUCUGUGGGUUAGCGGGCUUUCCUCUUCAACCAGAGCUACUGAUCUGAAGAACCUGUUUAGCAAAUAUGGGAAGGUGAUGGGUGCAAAAGUGGUGACCAACGCACGCAGCCCCGGCGCUCGCUGUUACGGCUUCGUCACCAUGUCUUCGUCCGAAGAAGCGACUAAAUGCAUCAGCCAUCUGCACAGAACGGAACUGCAUGGGAAAAUGAUCUCUGUGGAAAAAGCCAAAAAUGAACCUGCCGGGAAAAAGGCACCCUCGGAGAAGAAGGAGAACGAAGGGAAGAAAGAGAAGGACAGGCGCCAUUCGACAGACUCCAAGUCGGAGAAGUGUCUCAGCCUUAAGAAAGAAGAAAAAACAGAGAAAAGGGAUGACCCCAAAAAGUCAGAAGAGAGGGACGAGAAAGAAGGAAAAGAAACGGAGGAGCAUAAGAAGGGAUCCUCAGACCGUUCGCGAUCGAUUAAAUCAGGAAGCCAAGGAACAGAGCGGACAGUCAUAAUAGAUAAAUCCAAAGGAGAGCCGGUUAUUCGUGUGAAAACCACAACCACGUCGAAAGAGAGAAGCACAAAGAGCCACGACCGCAAGUCGGAGAGCAAAGAGAAACAGGACAUUCUGUCCUUUGACAAAAUCAAAGAGCAGCGGGAACGGGAGCGGCAGAGGCAGCGGGAGCGAGAGAUCCGAGAGACGGAACGGCGGAGGGAGCACGAGCACCGUGAGUGGAAGCAGCACAUCCAGGCCGUCCGGGAGAAGCAGAAGCUCCAGUGGGCGCGUGAGCGGCUCCAGUUCCACAGGCAGCGCCUGGAGCGGGAGCGCCUGGAGCGGGAGCGCCUGGAGCGGGAGCGGCUGCACAUCGAGCACGAGCGGAGGCGGGAGCAGGAGCGCAUCCAGCGGGAGCGGGAGGAGCUGCGGCGGCAGCACGAGCAGCUGCGCUACGAGCAGGAGCGGCGCUCCGCUUUGAGGCGGCCGUAUGAUGCGGAUGGGAGGCGUGACGACUCGUAUUGGCCCGAUGCAAAGCGGGCGGCCCUGGACGAGGGCUACCACUCUGACUUCGGCCGGCAAGAUCGCUUCCACGUUUUUGACCACAGAGAUCGCAGCCGGUAUCAGGACCAUCCAGAGGACAGGAGAGAAAGCUCUAGAACCAUGCCGGAUCGAGAUGGGCAGCACUACCCUGAUGAGCGGCACGGAGGGCCCGAUCGCCACUCGCGGGACAGCUGGGGGAGUUACGGGUCAGAGAGGAGGCUGAGCAAAGGACGUGGCUUACCCCCUCCACAGUCCCGAGACGGGCGCGACUGGGGAGAUCACAGCCGCAAGCUUGAAGGGCAUCAGGAUCGUUCCUGGCAGGGCAGCCUGGAUGGAGGGAUCGUCGGGCUGGAGCACGAAAGGUGGCAAGCUGGUGAGAGAAGCGUCCCUGGCCAGUCGGGAGCAGGUCAUGCAAUAAGCAGAGGAGGAAUGUCAGGGCGUGGAGGGUUUGUGCAGGGUGGUGCCCAGAGCCCAGGGGCACAGGGAGCCAGUCUGCAAGGCGGCUUUCCCAGCCAGGAUAGAACGACCCGAGGCAGUGACCCUCGUUUCACCCGGCGCUAUUAGAAGACCUUUUGCUCCUGUUUCCUGCUCAUCGUCUGGAACUUUUCCCGGCUAACACAGAAAAACCACGGCGCCCUCUCAUAGCUUGCAUACGAUGUGAACUCAAGUGUGUGUUGUUGUUUUUAUUGCACCCCCCCCACUAUGUUCUUUUCUGGACACCACUCAGUUGUUUCGGAGGAAACAUUCCAUUUUCCCAUGAACAAUAAAUCUGUAUUGCGCUUGUG